AUGAACAACUGCACCACAGUGAGCACAUUCUUUCUGUGGGGGUUUUCCAGUUUCCCAGAACUACGGAAUCUACUCUUUGUGAUGAUUUUAUUCUCACAUGUGACAAUUCUAUUUGCAAAUCUGUCCAUUAUUUUGGCCAUCAAGCUCAGUCAAAACCUUCACACCCCCAUGUACUUUCUCCUAUUCAGCCUGUCCUGUUCUGAAACCUGUACCACUAUGGUUAUCAUCCCCCGCAUGUUAGCAGACUUGUUAUCAGAGAGCAAGACCAUUUCUCUUCCUGAGUGUGCCACGCAGAUGUGCUUCUUCUUUGGCCUGGCAUCCACCAACUGUUUCAUCAUGGCUGCCAUGUCCUAUGACUGUUAUACUGCCAUCCACAAUCCGCUGCAUUGUCAAACCCUUAUGACAAGAAAGAUCUGCUUUCAGCUUGUGAUGGCCUCCUCAGUGUUGGGGUUCCUGAUAUCUCUGUGCAUCACCACCAUGAUAUUUAGCUUGUCUUUUUGUGACUCCAACAAUAUACAACAUUUCUUUUGUGACAUUUCACCUGUGGUUCACCUUGCAUGCGAUUACACUUCUUAUCAUGAAAUGGUUAUUUUUGUGCUCUCUGCCUUUGUGCUGGUGGGCAGCUUUAUUUUAAUUAUUAUUUCCUAUGUCUUCAUUGUGUCCAUAGUUGUGAAGAUGCCUUCAGCAAAGGGGAGGUAUAAGGCCUUCUCCACCUGCUCCUCCCACCUCACUGUGGUGUGUAUACACUACGGAUUCGCUUGCUUUGUCUAUCUGAGGCCCAAGAGCAGGGACUCCUUCUGCGAGGACAUGCUGAUGGCUGUGACAUACACAGUGCUGACCCCUUUGCUUAACCCCAUUGUUUACAGCCUGAGGAACAAAGAGAUGCACAUAGCUCUAAGGAAGGUACUAGACAGUGUAAUUAAAUUUUUCUCUCAAUUGACAAAUAAAAUAUCCCUGAAUAUUUAA